GAGAGAGAGAGAGAGAGAGAGAGAGAGAGAGAGAGAGAGAGACGCCUCUGUUCUCCCCUACUCCACUGGACUUUAUGCAUUGAACGGGCGCGAGACAUUCCCUGCCGCUAUGUGAGCAGUCAUCGGGAUACUGAGCACGCAGCUAUCGGUGAGCCGCUAUCUAUUCCCCGACCCGGUAGCGUUGCCGUCAGGCGAACCUUCUUUUUUAACGUCAUUUCUCGGGUCGGAAGCUCGCCUUGGAAUCCAACUGCAGUAUUCGUUGGCACCACAAACCCCCCUCUUUCGUUAAUUGGGAAGAUAUUCCCACCCAGCCGUGUGUGUUGUGUGGACUGUAAGCGCGCCAAAGGACCCUCCGCACUGGACGCUCGUGCGGUUUGUUCGCGCGACUUGUGACAUAUGGAGUAGAAAUACAAGCUACAAGUGGGAUGUGAUUCUCUGGGGGUUUCCCCUCUCAUUGACAAGGCCAAGUACACUUUAAUAGGCCUUUAUGCUGUCGGUCCCAUCGUGCUGUGAGAGGAACCGCUCCCCGCCAGACCGUCUGGGCUCAGCAGGAAGUGCCGUUGCAUUAACUUCCAGGUCAACGUCAGAGGUCAUGUGGUCCACACGCCUGCUCUUCCUGUGUUCCCUGUUUGGACCGCUGGCCCUCGUGUGCGGCCGCGCCCCCAUCCCCAUGGCGGUGGUGCGGAGGGAGCUGUCCUGUGAGUCCUACCCCAUCGAGCUGCGCUGCCCCGGGACCGACGUCAUCAUGAUCGAGAGCGCCAACUACGGCCGCACCGACGACAAGAUCUGCGACUCGGACCCGGCCCAGAUGGAGAACACUCGCUGCUACCUACCCGAUGCCUACAAGAUCAUGUCACUCAGAUGCAACAACCGCACCCAGUGUGCCGUGGUGGCGGGGCCUGACGUCUUUCCGGACCCCUGUCCUGGAACGUACAAGUACCUGGAGGUCCAGUACGAGUGUGUCCCAUACAAAGUCGAACAGAAAGUGUUCCUGUGCCCGGGCAUCCUGCGGGGGGUGUACCAGAGCGAGCACCUCUUCGAGUCGGACCACCAGUCGGGCGCCUGGUGCAAGGAUCCCCUGCAGGCCUCGGACAAGAUCUACUACAUGCCCUGGACGCCCUACCGCACGGACACGCUGACCGAGUACUCCUCCAAGGAGGACUUCAUCGCGGGCCGUCCCACCACCACCUACAAGCUGCCGCACCGCGUGGACGGCACGGGCUUCGUGGUGUACGACGGCGCGCUCUUCUUCAACAAGGAGCGCACGCGCAACAUCGUCAAGUUCGACCUGCGCACGCGCAUCAAGAGCGGCGAGGCCAUCAUCGCCAACGCCAACUACCACGACACCUCGCCGUACCGCUGGGGCGGCAAGUCGGACAUCGACCUGGCGGUGGACGAGAACGGCCUGUGGGUGAUCUACGCCACCGAGCAGAACAACGGCCGCAUGGUGGUGAGCCAGCUCAACCCCUACACGCUGCGCAUCGAGGGCUCCUGGGACACCAGCUACGACAAGCGCACGGCCUCCAACGCCUUCAUGAUCUGCGGCGUGCUGUACGUGGUGAAGACGGUGUACGAGGACGACGACAAUGAGGGCACGGGCAACAAGAUCGACUACAUGUACAACACGGACAAGAGCAAGGAGACGGUGCUGAGCAUCUCCUUCCCCAACUCCUACCAGUACAUCGCCGCCGUGGAUUACAACCCGCGCGACAACCUGCUGUACGUUUGGAACAACUACCACGUGGUCAAGUACUCGCUGGACUUCGGCAACAACGACUACCGUCCCCCCAUGGUCCCCGCCAUCCGAGGGGGCGGAGGUGCUGGCGGGGGCUCGUCGUCCUCCUCCUCCACCGGCCGCACCAGCACCACCCGCGUCCCCCCCUACUACACCACCCCCCGGCCCCUGCUCACCACCUCCCCGGGCCAGCGCUACCGCACCACCACCACCGUGCGGCAGCCCACCCUGCAGCCGGGCGCCGGGGGAGGGGGCGCAGACACCAACCAGAUCCCGGACACCAACCAGAAGGCGGGCGGGCGGUACCCUCCCGUCCAGGCACCCCCCGCCGUGGCACAGCAUCCCCCCGCCCCGCCCCCACAGCCCCCCGUGCUGCCCCCCCUGCCGCCGCCGCCCCAGGACUUCUGCAGCCCCCGGGUCACGGCCGACGUGUCGUGGCCCCGGACCCAGCAGGGCCAGCGGGCCAAGCAGCCCUGUCCCGUUGGAACUCUGGGUGUGGCCACAUACGUGUGCGUAGCCAAGCUGGGUUACUGGGAUCCCCAAGGCCCUGACCUCAGCAACUGCACGUCACCCUGGGUCAAUCACAUCAUGCAGAAGCUGCGUUCGGGGGAGACGGCGGCCAUCGUGGCCAAGGAGCUGGCGGAGCAGACCAAGGGGCUGCUGCGGCCGGGGGACGUGCCCUCCACCGUGCGGGCCAUGGCCCAGCUGGUGGAGCUGCUGGACGUCCAGCUCAGGAACCUCACGCCCGGCGGCAAGGACAGCGCCGCCCGCAGCCUCACCAAGCUCCAGAAGAGAGAGAGGUCCUGCCGGUUUUUCACGCAGGCGAUGGUGGACACGGUGAACAACCUGCUGCAGCCGCGCGCCCAGGCCGCUUGGAAGGAGCUGCCCACCAGCGAGCAGCUGCACUCGGCCACGCUGCUGCUGGACACGGUGGAGGCUGGGGCCUUUAUGCUGGCCGACAACCUGCUGAAGACCGACACCAUCCAGGAGACGGCCGAGAACAUCCAGCUGGAGGUGGCGAGACUCAGCACGGACGGGAACCUGGCAGACGUGACGUUCCCUCAGUCUGAACUACAUGGAAACUCCAUCCAACUGUCAGCCAGCACUCUCAAACAACACGGACGCAACGGGGAGAUCCGGAUGGCCUUCGUCCUGUACAGGAACCUGGGCGCCUACCUGUCGACGGAGAACGCCAGCGUGCGUCUGGGCAGCGAGUCCAUCUACCCCAACUACUCGGUGAUCGUAAACUCUCCGGUCAUCACUGCCUCCAUCAACAAGGAGAGCAAGGUGUACCUGUCGGAGCCCGUGGUCUUCACGGUCAAACACCUGCAGCAUUCUGAGGAGAACUUCAACCCCAACUGCUCCUUCUGGAGCUACUCCAAGCGCUCCAUGACGGGUUUCUGGUCCACACAGGACUGCCGCCUGCUCGCCACCAACCGCACGCACACCAGCUGCUCCUGCACGCACCUGACCAGCUUCGCUGUGCUCAUGGCCCACGUGGAGGUCAAGAAAGCGGACAGCAUGCACGACCUGCUGCUGGACGUCAUCACCUGGGUGGGCAUCCUGCUGUCCCUGGUCUGCCUGCUCAUCUGCAUCUUCACCUUCUGCUUCUUCCGCGGGCUGCAGAGCGACCGCAACACCAUCCAUAAGAACCUGUGCAUCAGCCUCUUCAUCGCCGAGUCCCUGUUCCUGGUCGGCAUCAACCGGGCCGACCAACCGAUUGCUUGUGCGGUGUUUGCGGCGCUGCUGCACUUCUUCUUCCUGGCGGCGUUCACCUGGAUGUUCCUGGAGGGUGUGCAGCUGUACAUCAUGCUGGUGGAGGUGUUUGAGAGCGAACACUCACGCACCAAAUACUUCUACCUGGCCGGCUACGGCGUGCCUGCCAUCAUCGUGGCUGUGUCGGCCGCCGUGGACUACCGCAGCUACGGGACCGACCGAGU